GACUUCUUUAUCUUAGAGUUGAAGGAAGAAUAUGAUGAAAGGUAGAUCAAGUGAUCAACCCACAAUGGAAAUGGAUGUUCAAAAGAAUCCAUGGUCACAGGAUCGAACGAUGCGAAUCAUAAUUCAAGAUGACACUUAUAGAGACGUGAUUAAUUGGAAAUCAUUACCAGAAUCAUUUCUACCAAGUACUAUAGAUGUUACCAAAGAAGAAGAUAUACGUUCAGAAUCAAAAGCUUUUCUCCUAAUGGUUGAACCAGAUGACAGUAUAGCUGCAGUUAAAGCGUAUAUUCAAGAGGAAAAAGGGAUUUCUUUUAAAAAACAAAAAUUGUUGAAUGAAGAUGGGGGAGUUAUGAGAGAUGCACAGACUCUUACGUCAGCGGGAAUCAAUAAAGGAUCUACCUUAAUUCUUCGAUAUGCACCAAUAACACAAAUUUAUGUGUUAACGCUUACUAAUCGCAGGUUUAAGUUAAUGGUUGAGAGUGAUGACACGAUUGCAGAUGUUAAAGCUGCCAUUCAGGAAAAAGAAGGUAUCCGAUUUCAUAAACAGAGGCUAAUCUAUAAUGGACGACAACUCGAAGAUGAUAGAUCUCUCGUAGACUAUGGAAUUCAAUAUAACAGUCAACUGGCACUUGUCUUGAGGUUGUGCGGUUGUUGAAUAUUAGCCGGUAAAGGAUAUGGUUGCUUUCUAAUUUGCAUAAUCUAUAUGCAAAUUCACUUGUUAUUUCCGUUGGUUUAGAUCUAUCUACUAUGAUCCAUGUUAAAUGGUGUUAUGUUCCCUUUUGCCUCUAUUAUUUUGUGCUCAAUUUUAUUUUUUCCUCCAUUUUAAAUGGUGUAAUAUCCUUCGUUGGAGGCGAGGAUCAUGGGCUUGAUAGAUUUAUGGAGAUUUACUUUAUGGGUGUGUUUGGUACGAAAGAAAAAAUGU